UGCAUUGUAUUAAUUAAAUUGUUCUAUAUAGCCUAAUGGACUCAAAAGCAAGAAGCACCUCUUUGCAAACCUUACUUUCUUAUGAUGAUAUUGAACCUCUUUGCACAUGGCAAAGAGAGGAUGCUCAGGACGUGCUAGUGAUCCAUUUACCAGAAUUCAAGAAAGAACAACUAAGAGUUCAGAUAAGCAAUGCGGGGCUUUUAAAGAUUUCUGGAGAAAAGGAUGCAGAUGGUAAAAAAAGAACCCGGUUCCUAAAAGAAGUAAAGGUUACAAAACAUUACGACUCAAAUAACAUUCGUGCUAAAUUCUCUCAAGGGUGCCUUCGUAUCACUUUGCCCAAAAUAGUCGUAACACAACCUUCCAUGGCGGAAAUCCCUCUUGCAGUUGUGACGCCAUCACUCCGGAAUGGUCGAAGUGAUAGCAUCAAUACGAACAAGGAAACCUACAUUCCUAAUAUCAAGACGAGGGUGGGUCAUGUUUUGAAAUCUAAAACGUUUACUCGAGUUGUGGUAAAUGUUGUCUUUGCAUCAGUUGUGGCUUUUAGUGUUUAUACCGCGUAUAAAUAUUGGAGUUUAUAUGUAAAGACUGAUUAGAAUUAGUCCAUUUCCUAGAUUUUAUAACUCAAAACAUGUAUUUAAUUACUUAUGAAAUAAAUUAUGUUAUGUGGAAUUAA